AUGUCAGGGGACCUGGAAGUCAAGAUCUGCGGCAACAAACAUAUCAGUGUUCAGAAAUUCUCCUACAAGUGGACCAUUACCAACUUUUCAUUUUGCAUGGAUGGAAUUUGGGAAAUUAUUACAAGCCCAGUGUUCUCAUUAGAGGCCAAUGAAGAAGUGCAAUGUUGUUUGAGAAUAUACCCAAACGGUGUUGAUGAAGAAAGCAAAGAUUACCUGCAUUGGCUUCUCCCUGAAGACCAGCUCAUCCUGUGUUGCAAGGUGUCCAUAGUAGGACCCUCCUUUAGCAGGCCUGAACAAAACAUGAGACCUGCAAUCAAGGAUCCAACACAGAUGUUGGCCAAUGAUAUAGGAGAGCUGUGGGAAAAUUUCCUCUUCACAGACUGCAGUCUGGUUGUAGGUGGUCAGGAAUUCAGAGCUCACAAGGCCAUUCUAGCAGCUUGCUCUCCAGUUUUCAGAGCCAUGUUUGAACAUGAAAUGCUGGAGAGCCUAACAAACUGCUUUGAGAUCCAUGACAUUCACCUGCAAGUCUUUAAGGAAAUGCUGGCCUUCAUUUACACAGGGAAGGCACCACACCUCCACAUCCACUCAGUGGCCACUGGUUUGUUGGCAGCUGCUGAUAAAUACGACCUGCAGGACUUGAAGGACAUGUGUGAGGAUUCCCUGUGCAGAAACCUCUCUGUGAAGAAUGCUGUACCAACUCUCAUCCUGGCUGACCUCCACAGCACAGAGCACCUGAAGACUAAGGCCAUGGAUUUCAUUAUACUUCAUACUUCUGAAGUCUCUGAGACCUUGGAGUGGAAGUCAAUGGUGGGGUCACAUCCCCACCUGGUGGAGGAAGCAUUUCGCACCCUGGCUUCUAUACGUUGUUUUUUCCUUGGAGCCCUCACCCAAACACCAAAAGAUAUUUGA